GACUUGUCCGUCCAUAUGUGUGCAUGCAUAUACAAACAAUGUCUAGCUCAAAUAUCACAUGCAAUACACAACUGAGCGGCAUACUUUUGAAUACAAGUGCACAGCCGCCAGACUAUUGUUGACAGACAAGCCAACGGUCAAAUAAGAGUGCGGUAGGAGGGCUCAAUUACUGCGCAGUCGCUGAACACAUCCUGCGAUCAGCUGAUUUGUUAAGAUGAUAACACUGUAACCCGCUUCUCAUCGAGGUGGUAAUCGAAUACGAUACGUCGAGAAAAAGGCGGUAGGCUGGAGAUUCUUUCAAUAGCAACUUGCCACAGAGGCCGAACCCGGGUUCUAGAACAUUUUAAGUCUUUGCUGCAAAAGCACCAGCAAGUUAGUAACUAACUGGACCCGAUACUGAUACUAGACGAUUAUUCGCUCAGUUAUUUUUCCAGCAUUCUAUAUAUAUAUAUUUUUUAUCUCAACUCCUCUAACCUGGUGUUACCAUUAGCAACACAAGCUUUUUGUCAUUAGUGUUCUAUCACACUUUUCCCAGAAUUAAGGGGUCCAACAUGACACUCCCAAAAUAGUCAACGUGGCUUCUCAGUAGUGUCAGGUUUUCCUUGAAAGUUAAAUACGCUGUGACUUCUCAGAACAGGUACCGACGUAUCAAGAAGGGAUGGAACUUCUAUGCUGCGAGGGAAGUUUGAAGGAAACAGAGACAAAAGGAUAUCAAGAUCCUGUGUUGUAUACUGAUCAAGUUCUGCAAAAUACGCUGCGAUUGGAAGAUAGAUAUACUGUUACGUCAUCUUAUUUUAAUUGUUUUCAGAAGGAGCUCAAACCCUACAUGAGAAAAAUAGUUACAACUUGGAUGUGGGAGGUUUGUGAAGAAGAACGAUGCCAACAAGAUGUUUUUCCAUUGGCCGUUAAUUGUUUGGACAGGUUUCUUUCUGUUGUGAAAAUUCGAAAAAGUCAGCUACAACUUGUCGGUGCGGUUUGUUUGUUUUUGUCGUCGAAGGUACGUCAAACCAGACCUAUCUUAGCAGAGAAACUUUGUGCUUACACGGACCACUCCGUCACACUGGAAGAACUUCUGAACUGGGAGCUCCUCGUUCUCAGGAGGCUCAAGUGGGAUAUUUCAGCUGUCACCCCAAAUGAUUUCAUAGAACCAAUCCUCCAAAGGCUUCCUCUUGCUAGGGGAAUAGAUGUGGCAAGAAACCAUGCUGAAACUUUUAUUGCUUUUUGUUCUAUAGACUUCAAUUUUUCCUUCUAUCCUCCAUCAAUGGUUGCCGCAGCCUCAGUGGGGGCCGCUGUGCAAGGCUUGCUUUGGCUUGGUGAACAAUGGUCUUCUCAGAAACUGUUGACCAGGCUGCAUCAGAUCUUAGGCAUCGAAGUGGAUUGUCUUCGCCAUUGUUUGGAACAAAUUGAAGGAAUGGUGGCGAUCCCAUCGGAGAAACAUUCAAACAAUCUAGUGACUAUGAAGAGUACGAACAGGGAAAGUACCAAACCACUUACUCCAACUGAUGUCCAAGAUGUCCAUUUCUAAGACUGAUUCUAUUGUAACUGCCAUCUUUCAUAGACUUAUAUGUUUUAACAGGCUUAGGCAGUCAUCAAUAGUGCUGCCCUCUACACCUAUCAGCACCCGAGUCCUAGUCAUAUUGCGUAUUUUUUGGGAACAGAAAAAUGACAGUGCAGCGUCAUUAGUUGUUCGAUUGUUUGGAUUGUUGUCAUUAUGAACCACAAAUCGACUGUAUUUUGCACGAAAUCUGUGAGAAACGAUUGUAUAACUGCUGCCACAUUUAGGUUUUGGGACAAAACUGAUUUUUCAAAUACCUCUGAUCAAUUCCAACAAUAUUCCCAACUUUGUACAGUUAAAGCAUUCCAAGUGUGUACAGGUCACUGUAAAAAUAGCUAAAAAUUCAAAAGCCGCACCAAAUAUCAAAUACACAGGUCUGAGUUAUUUUUUAAGUGCAACAAAAUGCAAUAAUGUAUAAGAAGAGCUAGGUUGUUAGUUUUAGGUUAAGUGUAAUAAUGAUUUACCUUUUUAUGUAUGUGGAUUGUAAUUAGUGUUAGAAUGUAAGAGUAAUUGAAUUUUUGAUGUGAAUAUGAAGGUAGAACACACACAAAAAAAGAUUUACCCUUGACUGGUCAGGGAUAUUAUUCAAGUGAACGUACUCCACUAUACGCUCUGGAACCUUCUAUAUGCAUUUUUCAGUUUGCGUAUUUACAUUCGUGAUAUUACUGUGCUAUGCUUUAUUUUUUUCAUUUGCAAUUGUACUUAAGUUUUUGAAUAGCUUUUUGUCAUAUUUAAAUCAAUAAAAUUUUCUCAUGUCGCCACGAGCUCUCUUUUUUUGUUUUUUAAAGCUUGAUCCUUUUCUGUUGAUAAAAUCGAAAUUUUAAACAACGAUAAAGUAAUAUUUGAUAUCAGACUUUUAAUUUAUCACUGUACAAUACUUAUAUUAUGGGAAUCUCUCAGCUGCAUUAAAAAGGCAAUGCUUGUGUGAUAAUACUGGAAGAAGAUAUUAAUUUGUGAUGAUUUUCAAUCUACAUUAUUACAUUAACAUGGAAAAUAAGUAUUAAAUCUUAAAAUAUGCUCAAAUGUUUAAAAGAAUUAAUUCAAAAUUCAUUAGUAAUAAAUUGCUAUUAAGAUCAAUUAUAACUGUGAGUCAUAGGAUAUCUUUCAGCCUCACACAGCAUGUAACGGUCAAAUGUUAUCCAGUGAAUCACCUGGUGUUCUGUAAAAUCUUGUUUCAAUGUUUGUAACAAUAAUUGUUAAAUAAUGAAGAUAGGUGUAUAAUACUCUAAAUUUCCUAAAUAUAUUAUUUUUUAUAUCAGUAUGAUAUGAAAUUGUAAUAAAACCUUUAGAUUGUUUUAAUAAUCUUUACAAUUUUUAUUUUUUACUUGCAACUUGAAAAAAACAAACGAAUUUUCUGUCACGUGUAUCAAACGAACUUCAGUUUGAUGACAUUAUCAAUAUAAGAAGCCGGUAAACAGAUGUUAAAGCUCUUUAACAUGAAACAUUACGAUGUACUUUGUGAAUUCGUAAACACUAGAAACGAGUUAAAAAUUCUAGACAGAAAAUGUUUAAAAUACGGAAAACUAAUCAAUAUUUGUCAUUGCAGAGAUACAGCAACUAUAUUUAAUAAAAGCAAAACUUUGACAUGAAUGGUAGCUAUGGAUAUAAAUAUCACUUAAAAAGGAAAGAACGCCAGGUUUAUAGUUUCUUGCUUAAUAAUUUGUUAUAAAUAAGUGUAUACGUUGACGUAAAAGCUAGCGAAGGUACAUCGAAUAUUAAAAAUAAAUAACUUCAUCAAACAGUAAAUAAAAUGGUAUGUGGUAAAAUGUAGGUACUAUUAAGACAGCACCUAUAAGUAAGUAAAAGUUCAAUUAUAUUUCUAGUCUGUUCAGUUUCUGUUUUAUUUUAAAAUAAAAGAUUCAGUUUGAAAUUAAUCUAAUACUGAAAAAAUUGAAAUAAAUUUUUUAAAAGAAAAAGUCAGGCAGACUUUGUUUCAUUACAUUUUUCUAAAUGUUUGUCUAGUAAUGUUAUGUUUUGAGAUUCGAUACAUGGUAUUAAUUGGUUUAAAAGCUCUUAAUAAUAUGAAUAAGAUAGCUAUCAUUGUACAAUUUAAUUUUUUUAUUUUAUUUUAAAAUAAAAAUGUUUGAGCAAAUUUCACUAAGGCUUGUUUUUGUAAAUGUAUUGUUCAACUUGUGGGCUUGAUAUGUUUAUCUAGGUUAUUAUCAAACAGUUUCAAAGGAGAAACAAAAAAGAAAAGAUUUAUGUAAACAUAAGUUUAAAACUGUUUUCUGCUUCAUUUAAUUUUAUUAUUUUGUAUCCAACUUAAUUUAAGUGGUGCAAGCACGUGAAAAAAGUUUGCUAGGAAGGUUACCUUAUUGGUAGGCUUGUAGAAGAAGUAGCCUUUAUAAAGGCCCUUGUAAGUUUGUUCAUGAACGUUUUUGUUUAUUCAGUAGCCCAUAUAGCGGGUUUGAUGUAUUUUUUAUAUACAUACUCAACUUUUCUUAAUUGGUUACAGUUCAGAAAAAAAAAGUAGCCUUUAGUCAUCUUGCAUGCUUCUGGUGUAUGUAUACCUCAUGGAACAGCAUCUCUCAGGAAUAUUUAGGCUGUGAAGUUACUGUUAAUUUCUCUGUAUAAUAGUGUCGUUCUUGCGGCCCUUUGUAAUUGUGCCUUUUUUGAUUUAUUGUUUCAGCUUACACACAUUGUACUUAAUUCUCCCUCCCAUUUCAAAUCAUUUCAUUUACGCCAUUCAUUCAGGAAUAAUAACAAAAAAACACGUAGUAAGCUUGGAACAAGAGAUAAAUACGAUUAUGGUUAUAGAAGUUAUGGCUUUCUGCAUUUCCCCUUUUUGUUUGUUUUUUAUUAUGUUCAGUUUUCGCCCAAAUGCAUUUCUUUGCCUUUCCUUUUAUUAGGAAUUGUUACAUGUUGAAUAAAGCUGCUUUUUAAAC